UUAACCGGAAUCGCUGAAAGCCGACAAGGAGGCGAAGGCGUUGAGCAAUUUACCGUCAAAUAUAAUUGACGGAACAGCAUAGCUGCGAUCCUGACGGGUAGAGCCACUGGGCAGGAUAUCUGAACUUCAUGCGCCCGGUUCUGACACGAAACAGGAGGCCGAGAAGGAUUUAUCCAGCCAGCUAUCAGGAACUGACAGUGCCUAGUUAGUUAGCUAGCUAGUUAGCAAAGUUAGCUAGUUGUACAUUUUUUCACUGUAACGUUAACGAAAGCUGUCUUGCAAAAUGUCAUUUUAAGGAUCAGAACAGUGUUUAAAAAUCAGAUCCAGACGUUGUAAUCGCAGUCUGCUCGCUUGUUACAGGGAGCUCAGCUGGCUAGCUGCCUAGUUAGAUGAAAGUCUCAUCUAGGGAGCUAAUGUGAUAUUAGGUAGAUAUCUUGGUGUUUCGUCCCUUAGAUUAUGAGGUGUGAGGUAGGUGGCAGGAUAGCUGGUUGUUAUACAUUUUUGUUGUGUGGGAUAAUUUAGGCAGCACACUGGGUAGUCAUCUGGCAAGACAGCUAGCGAGGUUAGUGGCACUUGACUGCGUUUCCCUUGUCAAGAUAAGGUAGCGAGUUAACGAUGAUAAUUUGCAAUCGGGGUCCUGUCAGUUCGGUUUGUAAAUUGGAGCCUGAGACCUGUUCCUGCUUUAACAUUAGCUAGCUACUUAGCAAGCAACGAUUUUUAUUUGCGAUUUCUUUUCAACGAACCAUAGCUUAACGAUAAAUAAUUUAAUGUUGAGCAGUGACCGGUUAUCACUGUAACUACAAUACGUGCAGUCAACAGCCCCAACCUUAGCCGGUCCUAACUAGUUGGCUAGAUAGCUAGCUAACUACCUUCUAUAUUCACCGCAUGUUUUCGUGCAUCGUUUGCAGUUCAGCGUACGAUUUUUUGUCAGGUAUUUCACGUAGAAAAGCCCCCCGGAAUCCAGUUAGGGAAUAUUGUUGGAACAAGUGUUUAUUUCGUUAAAGGUGUUGUAACUAGCUAAGUUAAAACACAGCUGGGCUAAAAAAUGUCUGGGCAGUCUAUCACGGAUCGGAUCGCAGCGGCUCAGCACAGCAUGACUGGGUCGGCUAUAAGCAAAGCGGUAUGCAAGGCCACGACACAUGAAGUCAGCGGACCCAAAAAGAAGCACCUUGAUUAUCUGAUCCACUGCACCAGUGAGCUGAAUGUGAGCAUUCCCCAGCUGGCCGACACGCUCUUCGAGAGGACCGCCAACAGCAGCUGGGUGGUGGUCUUCAAGGCCCUCAUCACCACCCACCACCUCAUGAUGUACGGCAACGAGCGGUUUAUCCAGUACCUGGCCUCUCGAAACACGCUUUUCAACCUGAACAACUUCUUGGAUAAAGGUGCUUUGCAAGGCUAUGACAUGUCAACUUUCAUCAGACGCUACAGCAGAUAUCUGAAUGAAAAGGCUCUCUCCUACAGACUGGUGGCUGUGGACUUCACCAAGAUGAAGAGGGGCAUCGAUGGUGUCAUGCGGACCAUGAACACGGAGAAGCUGAUCAAGACCCUCCCCAUCAUCCAGAACCAGCUGGAUGCACUGCUGGACUUCCAGGCCAAUCCCAAUGAGCUGACCAAUGGAGUCAUCAACGCUGCCUUCAUGCUGCUCUUCAAAGACUCCAUCCGCCUCUUUGCGGCCUAUAACGAGGGUGUCAUUAAUCUGCUGGAGAAAUAUUUUGAUAUGAAGAAGAACCAGUGCAAAGACGCUCUGGACAUUUACAAGAAGUUUCUCUACAGGAUGACCAAGCUGUCAGAGUUUCUCAAAGUGGCCGAGCAAGUUGGAAUUGAUCAGGGUGACAUCCCAGAUCUAACGCAGGCCCCCAGCAGCCUCCUGGAAGCCCUGGAGCAGCACCUGGCUUCUCUGGAGGGCAAGAAAACCAAGGAGUUCUCAGCAGCCAGCAGGGCCAGCACCCUGUCCAACGCCGUGUCCUCUCUGUCCAACACGGGGAUGUCCUUCAGCCGCAUGGACGAGAGGGAGAAGCAGCAGGCUCUGGAGGAGGAGCAGGCCCGGCUGCAGAGCCUCAAGGACCAGCGCCUGAAGGAGAUCAGUAUGCAGACCCCCGCGGCGUCCCCCAGCACGCAGUCCAUCAGCAGCUCCAACAGCCACAGCGCCGGCAUGGACCUCUUCUCCAACCCCAACCCUGCCCCCACCCCCUCCACCAACAGCAUGCCGAACCUCAACAGCGACCUGUUCGACCUCCAGCCUGCCUUCGUCCCCACCGUCCAGAGCACCCCCUCCAUCUCCACCGCCGCCAACAGCGCCUGGGGAGGUCUGGAAACCCACCCCGUCCCGCAGGCUGCUCCCCCGUCAGCCAUGACGGUAGAUUUCGAUGCUGUUUUCGGGACUAAAACUACCAUUUACGAUGCGAAGCCACCACCUGCGCUUGACUCCUUAGGGGAUCUGCUGAAGCCCUCGGUCUCCACCCAGAGCCAGGCCCCGGUCGUGCCGCUCCACCCGGCCGGCAAGCUGCUGGCCAACGACCUGGACUCCUCCCUGGCCAACCUCGUGGGCAAUCUGGGGUUUGGAGGAACACCAGCCAAAAAGCCCGACAUGCAGUGGACCCAGCCGGGCGAGAAGAAGCUGACAGGAGGCACAAACUGGCAGUCCAAGACGAUGAGCACCACGGCCUGGAACCCCGGACCCAUGGCCCCCGCGCCCAUGCCUAUGCCACACAUGAAUGGAAUGUUCUAUACUGGUUAUGCUCCAGCUCCAAUGGCUUUCCCCAUGACGACGCCUCAAGUGCCUGUGUAUGGAAUGGUACCCCCCCAGAUGGGGCAGAUGGGCGGGGUCCCUGUGAUGGCUCCUCAGCCUGUGAUGUACAACCAGCCUGUCCUUAGACCCACCAACCCCUUUGCCCCCAUCCCCGGAGCACAGAUGCAGUUCAUGUAGUUCCGCUGAAGGAGCCGAAUGCCAAGCGCGCCAGCGCCACGAAAAGAGAGAGCGCAACAGGAGCGAACAAAGAAAAACGGCGAACCGACACCAAAUACAGGGAGAGAAAGAGGAAUGAAAAAGGACAGAGCACGGAGGAGAGCGGAGAAGCGUUUGUGUCAUGACUGCUCGUCCCUGUGUCUGAAACAGCCCCUUUCACCCCCCCCACUCUGGCUCAGGUCCCCCUCCACCUCCAUUAUACACUGCUACACCGUCAGCACCUAAAAUUUAUCUCCUUUUUUAGUCAGAGGGGAGGGACAGGGAGAUGAGUGACAUCACAAUCUGAUCUGAAGAGUGGGGUGGGUUAAAUUGCACUGAUAGUCAUUGGUCAAUGGUUGAGUUGUAUUCUUCUUACCUUUUCUAGGCUUUUUUCUUUUAAAGUUUGGCUUCAGGUCAUUAGGUGAUUUCUGUCUUGUAACUAUGGUUGAAUCUGUUACUGGUAGGUGUUUGGAUGAGGUAAAGAGGUUUAGAGGUCACCACAGAGAUCAGCCAGUUGCUUCAGCGGUCAAUCUGUGAUGAUCCGGUUUAUACCGGUUGUGCUAUUCUCCUCAUCCCUCAUGUAUUUCUCACAGUGUUUUGCGUCUGUGUCAGAACAUUUUCGAGUUUACCCUGGAAGUAAAGCAUAUGUUAAUGAAGUUAGUGUUUGUUUUAGGUCAAAGGUGAGGGAAGAGCUGGCAUAUCGGAGAGGGGGCUUUUGUACCUGCGAUCUUUUAUAUGCUCAGGAACUGUACUGCAGUCGUCAGCAGGUCACAGCACAAAAAGGGCAGCAGUCCGGGAUUGUAUGUGUUAGUGUUUUGUUUUUUUUUUUUUAAUAGUACUAUUUUUGAGGGGUUACAGUAUUUCCUGCUGUUACUUAUUCGUGAUGUGCUCACGGUUUCAGGUGGCUGUGGAGGUUUCGAUUCUUCACCUCCCUCCCCCCUACCGGAAUUGAAAGUGCCGUUUAGUCAGGGAGAGGGGGGUGAAGCAGGUUCGCCUCUGAGUGGAUAUAUGUGGCUGUUUCAGACCAGGGCCAGCACUUGCAGUCAGAACCGAGCGGACCGGGCCGCAGUGUCCCUUGAGGAAUUGCAUAAAAGAGCUGUUCUCCUCCUCUCUGUGCUUGCCGUGUGUGUCUGUUAACCCGAGAACCCUGAAUUAAUGUCACUCUUUUUCUCCUCUGUUGUAGCUUGUAAAUAAUGUUACUCCUACAUGUCUGGAAGAGGGAACCCCUCUCGCACCUGCUCCCACCCUAAACCCCCGCCCCUCCUACCCUCUCCCCUCCCUGUCUGUGUAUGAGGGCGAGGUACAACCUCAGCCUCAUUGAGUGGACUUUCUUAUUAAGUUAACAUUUUCUAUGAGUCUUUUUGUAUCGGUCCUACAGGAGUUGUCAUAUUAUUUGUGGGUAAAGGGGUUGUGGGUAAAUGGGGUUGGGAAGGAGGUGGAGGUGUCAAUGUUUUUCAGCCAAACUAUUCGUUACUACAGCAUACUGCACGUUUCUGUCUCUGAAGCUUAUCUGAAACCCGGAGUGGUUCAAAUGUAAGGGCCGUUCGUCUGUUACUAUGAUUAUUGUUUUUUUUGGUUUGUUUCUUUCACAGCCCUCUCAGGUUUUGGGCUCCAGUUAGCGACGAGCGAGCCUAGCCCGAUGGUGGAUGUCUGUAGAGCGCUUUUGUUGAGCAAGCGAACACUAAUCAGACGCUUACGCCGCGCUAAUUCCACAUAGUUUCCAUAGCAGCCUUAACGGAUCUAACUGCUGUUUAUUUUCAUCUGGGUAUGACUCUGGUAAUUCCCUAAUUAGCGAUCUCCCCCCCCCCACACAAGUGACAUUUUUAGCCUUCCCUCUCACAAGGAGGCCUGAUAGGGAAGGGGGGGUGUUGCCAUGCUCCCUCUCUGAGGUGAUUAUUCUGAAAUGUCAGUGACACCCCACCACUGUAAAAAGGAAAACCAGCAGGGGGAGGGGCCACACACAAGCUGGAGGGGGCGGGGUUUCAGUGGUGUCCCCAGAGAUCCCCACAAAUUGACUGGCAAAGAAGGCCUCGGGUGGAGGGCUGUAUGUGUAAC